GCGCGCGCGGCAGCAGUUGGACUGCGGCGGACGGCUGUGCCUUAGUCUCGUGAGCAGCCCUCCUCUCCCUUCCUCUACCUCGCGCAGCAUGUCGGGCCGCGGCAAGACAGGCGGUAAGGCCCGCGCCAAGGCCAAGUCGCGCUCGUCGCGAGCGGGCCUCCAGUUCCCCGUGGGCCGCGUGCACCGGCUGUUGCGGAAGGGACACUACGCCGAGCGGGUGGGCGCCGGCGCGCCGGUCUAUCUGGCGGCGGUGCUCGAGUACCUCACAGCCGAGAUCCUGGAGCUGGCGGGCAACGCGGCCCGCGACAACAAGAAGACGCGGAUCAUCCCCCGCCACCUGCAGCUGGCCAUCCGCAACGACGAGGAGCUCAACAAGCUGCUGGGCGGCGUGACGAUCGCCCAGGGAGGCGUCCUGCCCAACAUCCAGGCCGUACUGCUGCCCAAGAAGACCAGCGCCGCCGUGGGGCCGAAGGCGCCCGCGGGCGGCAAGAAGGCCACCCAGGCCUCGCAAGAGUACUGAGGGCGCCCGCGCCGCCGCCACCACCGCCGCCGCCUGGCCCCUCCCCUCGCCACCACAAAGGCCCUUUUAAGGGCCACCACAACGCUCACGGAAAGAGCUGGGCCGCGUCGGGCUCCCGGCCGGGCGGCAGCUCACUCGCCCCCUCCGCGGCCCCGCCGCCGCCGCGCGGCCUGCCCCUCCCCCGCGCGGCUCGCUCCAGCCGUGGCUCGGCGGAGGGCGGCCGUUUGAACGCCGCUCGGUGCCAGGAGCGAGCUCGUGACUCGGCCGGCCUGGCCCCCGAAUGCUGAUGGGCUGCGGGGAGGCCGCGGCACCUUCUAGAAGGCUGGGCCGGCCGCGCUGACGCAGGGCCGGGGCGCGUGGUGGGGAAGGUGAGUCGGUGCGGGCGGCCGCGCGCGCGCGCGUUCCCCACCAGCCCGGUGCUCCGGACGGGACUCGGUUGACGGCGGAGUCAGUCGGUCACUUCAUUUGUCCCGGGACGCCCUUUGCUGCCGGAUCCCGAGCCUUGCACGUCCGCGCUCCCUCCAUCUCCACUCGCAGGCCUGUGCGCGUCCCGGAAGACACACUUCGCGGCGUGAGCAUCUCCCGCGGUGUCGGGGUCUGCGGGAGUCCUGCCCCUGGACCCGCGCCCCUCCCGGCGGGUCCGCUCCGCAAGCCAAGCACCUAGAUACCAGCACUAGUCCGUUAAUCCCCAUCUGGACUGAGUCGCCGUUGGCCUCGGAACUGGAAUUUUGCAGCUAACCCAUCCAAGACAGUACUUUAGGUAUUGGGGAGUUUCAGAUGGACUAAUUUUGUUUAUUAAAGGAUUUUCUUUUUUAAACAGUGAGGUGUCUC